CAAUCGGAAAUCCUGCAUAAAGGCACCGAUUCAUUGCAUAUGGUAUUAGACACAUCGGCUAUAGACGCCCUCCUUACACUGCCAACUGACAAGGAUGUCAGCGGCAGUGUGACGCUCCCCAGCAACGCCAGGGAGUCGCUCUAUGUAACACCCCCGAUCGAUGUGAAAUGCAACUUUGAACACAAGCUGGAGGAGUUCGACAAGUAUUUGCGGGAGCAGAGAAAGUAUGCGGCGGAUCCGGAAAAGCCACUCUCCGCAUUUCUGCCGAAGAGCAUCUACCACGACAUCGAUCAGAAGACGGAGAACAGCACGCUGGAGAGUGUUCUGGGCACCAUCCAGCCGUGCCAGAAACAGCUGCAUGCGCUGACCAGAAAGGAGCUCCACGGCUUCAGGCUAUGCGCUGGCAUGAUACCGACUAAAUAUUGUACAAAUAUAUCGCUUGCGGCAACCACAGUGCUGCCCGAUCCGCCGCAAAGGACUCAGGACUUUACACCUGGUGUAGUGAGAACCCUAAAGCGUUGCUCCAAAACCUGCAGCAAAUCCAAGGGACAGAAGAAGGGACAUCAAGGAAGAUCCAGAAAGAAUUUGCAGCUUUACAAAUAGAGAAUCUAGACAUUAAAGGCCUCUCUUUUGAAUUUAAAUUUACAUUCCAAAUAUAAUAACAGAUAAUUAAAACCAGUUUCUUUGCUGGGAACUG